AUGUCUUUCAGAGGUCGUGGAGGUGGUGGUGACCGUGGUGGCCGUGGCGGCUUCAGAGGCGGCCGUGGCGGUUUCGGCCAGCGCGACGAUGGUCCCCCCGCCCAGGUUCUGGAGCUCGGCACCUUCGAGCACGCCGUCGAGGGCGAGAUGUUCUACAAGUCCACCAACCCCAAGAUCCCCCACUUCAACGCUCAGGUCUUCCUUGAGAACAAGACUCCCAUCGGCAAGAUCGAUGAGGUCCUCGGUCCCCUCAACCAGGUCUACUUCACCGUCAAGCCCCAAACCGGUAUCGUCGCUACUUCCUUCAAGCCCGGCGACAAGGUCUUCGUCGGCUCCGAGAAGCUCCUCCCUCUCGAGC